AAACCCUAGAAGGUGCAGUGGUUUAAGUUCGUUUCUAGAGCCUUCUUCUCUCCCCAUUAUUAGGCCACCCAUUCGAUCGCUGCAAUUCAUCGCCGUUCUCUUCUUUACGCUCCCUUGAUCUUCCUCUCUUUGUUCCCAUAUCCUUUUCUGGGUCUCAGCGGACGUCUACAAUGCACCGCUUCGCUUCAGGCCUCGCUUCCAAAGCUCGCCUUGCUAGGAAGGGUGCCAAUCAGAUUGCUAGUAGGUCGAGCUGGAGCAGAAACUAUGCCGCUAAAGACGUUAAAUUUGGGGUGGAGGCUCGAGGACUUAUGCUUAAGGGUGUUGAGGAUCUUGCUGAUGCCGUUAAAGUCACAAUGGGUCCUAAGGGGCGCAAUGUGGUGAUUGAACAGAGUUAUGGGGCUCCCAAAGUUACAAAAGAUGGUGUGACUGUUGCGAAGAGUAUCGAGUUUAAAGAUAAGGUUAAAAAUGUUGGUGCCAGUCUUGUGAAGCAGGUUGCUAAUGCAACAAAUGAUGUAGCUGGUGAUGGGACCACCUGUGCUACUAUUCUUACAAGAGCAAUAUUUACGGAGGGCUGCAAGUCCGUUGCUGCUGGAAUGAAUGCCAUGGAUCUAAGACGUGGUAUCUCCAUGGCAGUCGAUUCUGUUGUAACAAACUUGAAGAGCAGAGCACGAAUGAUAAGCACAUCAGAAGAGAUAGCCCAGGUCGGAACAAUAUCUGCCAACGGAGAAAGAGAAAUUGGUGAGUUGAUUGCCAAGGCCAUGGAGAAAGUUGGCAAGGAGGGCGUGAUCACCAUCUCGGAUGGGAAGACAUUGUUUAAUGAGUUGGAAGUUGUUGAAGGGAUGAAGUUAGAUAGGGGAUACAUUUCUCCUUACUUCAUUACUAACCAAAAGAACCAGAAAUGUGAAUUGGAUGAUCCUCUUAUUCUAAUCCAUGAAAAGAAAAUCUCAAGCAUUAAUUCUGUGGUGAAAGUUUUAGAGUUGGCUCUGAAGAGGCAAAGGCCCCUUCUUAUCGUUUCUGAAGAUGUCGAAAGUGAUGCACUAGCCACUCUUAUCUUGAAUAAGCUCCGUGCUGGAAUUAAGGUCUGUGCCAUUAAAGCACCAGGUUUUGGUGAAAAUAGGAAGGCUGGACUGCACGACCUUGCAGUUCUCACGGGUGGUCAGCUCAUUACUGAAGAGCUUGGAAUGAAUCUUGAAAAAGUUGAUCUGGAUAUGCUUGGCUCUUGCAAGAAGAUCACAAUUUCAAAGGACGAUACAGUAAUUCUAGAUGGCGCUGGUGACAAGAAGUCUAUCGAGGAAAGAUGUGAACAGAUAAGGUCAGCUAUUGAACUGAGCACUUCUGAUUAUGACAAGGAGAAGUUGCAGGAAAGAUUAGCGAAGCUCUCUGGUGGUGUAGCUGUAUUGAAGAUUGGAGGAGCAAGUGAGGCAGAAGUAGGUGAGAAGAAGGAUAGAGUCACUGAUGCCUUGAAUGCCACAAAAGCAGCUGUUGAAGAAGGAAUUGUACCAGGUGGUGGUGUUGCUCUUUUGUAUGCAUCGAAAGAACUAGAUAAACUUUCAACUGCUAACUUCGAUCAGAAAAUUGGUGUCCAAAUUAUUCAGAAUGCUCUAAAGACACCCGUACACACAAUCGCAUCGAAUGCGGGAGUUGAGGGGGCUGUCGUGGUUGGGAAGCUGUUGGAGCAGGACAACCCUGAUCUUGGUUACGAUGCUGCAAAAGGUGAAUAUGUGGAUAUGAUCAAAGCUGGCAUCAUUGAUCCUCUUAAAGUAAUUAGAACUGCACUAGUUGAUGCCGCUAGCGUUUCCUCUUUGAUGACAACUACGGAAGCCAUCGUAGUCGAACUCCCCAAGGAUGAAAAGGAAGUUCCAGCAAUGGGUGGCGGCAUGGGAGGAAUGGAUUACUAAUAGCAUCAAGACAGUAUUUUGAUGAAUCAAAUCAACUUUACCCGUGCUUGCUUCCCAGAGCGUGACAUUUCACAAACCUUAGAAGACGUAUUCUUGUUUGUUUCAUAAUAGUCUUGACUUAAUUUGGUCAAGGAAAGCUUCCUUUCAUGUUCAGGAGGGUAGGCAUAGAGACUAGGGAGAGUUGUCAUUCCAUGUUGCGGAACUGUAGUCUUUUUCAUUGUUUUCAUCAAGAAAUAUAUAUAUUUUUCCCUCGUGACCUGCAUAAGGGCCAUAGCCUUGCAACUCCAUUUUAUCUGUCAAGUUUAUGCGUCUUCAUCAAUAAAUUUUGGGACUUUAGUUGGUGAA